GGCAUUUUUUCGAAAUUCAAAAAGAAAGAAGUCUAAACCAAAUGGAAUUACUACCGUACUCUGUUUCUUUCGUCUUUAUCUACUCGUACAUCGUACAUUUUACACAUAAUAACAAACCCUUCCCCUUUCCUUUUUAUUCGUAUCUCUUUGCCUAUAAAUAUUCCAUCAAAAUAAAGUUCCAUUAUUUCCUUAACAGCAAAAAAAAAAUGUCUAGCGACAACAACAACAACAACAACCAUGAAAUCGACAAUAACUUGCUCACAUUGUCUCUUUCUUUUCCUUCUCCCACCGUGCAAACCCCACAGUCCCAUGUACAACUCCCACCACCCCCACCCCCACCACCACCACCACAACAACAACGCAGGCCACGUAAGCGAAAGCUAUCGAAUAUAUCAAAAAACGACACCGUUUCACCACCUUAUCCAUGGGCUACUAAUAAACGAGCUAUAGUUCAUAGUCUCAACAUACUUUACUCUAACCAAAUAUUUACUAUCAAAGGUGACGUUCAAUGCAAAAGGUGUGAGAAAAAAUACGAAAUGGAGUUUAAUUUGCGCGAAAAAUUCGCGCAAAUUGGAAGCUUUAUUGCGUUAAAUAAAGCUUCCAUGCAUGACCGUGCACCAGAUAUUUGGAUGAACCCUAUUUUUCCUACGUGCAAAUUUUGUAAACAAGAGAAUAGUGUGAAACCUAUUAUUGCAACAAAGAAGAAAGAGAUUAAUUGGCUAUUUUUGUUAUUGGGACAGUUUCUUGGUUGUUGUACACUUGAACAGCUCAAAUAUUUCUGCAAACAUAACAAGAAUCACAGGACUGGUGCUAAGGACCGUGUUCUUUAUCUUACGUACCUGACUCUUUGCAGACAGCUUGAUUCUAGUGGCCCUUUUGAUCGUUAAAAAUUGGUUCUGUUUGCAAGAGGUGAGAAAGGUGCUAAAAGUUAAAUAGGGUUGUGUAAAAUUACUACUGCUAAUGUUACUAUUGCUAGGAUGAUUUAGUACUUUUUAGCUUCAGUUGAAAAAGGUGUAACCAACUUUUGUGUUGCUGUUCAUU